GACCGCACAGGGCGAUGAACUGCGAGCGCUUUAAAUGAAGGAAGUGACGUGCGAAGAAAGUGGUCUAUCGCCUGGCUGAUAUACGUACACCCGCUCCACGUCUCCCCGCUGCCGGUGACUCUGCUUUGGAAGAUGGCUGCGGUGGAGCGUCCGCAAGCCACGGAGGGAGCCCGGAUUGCGAUGUUGUGUGUCUGUUGGUAUACUGUCAGCUCAGGGGGUAACGUCAUCAACAAAAUAAUACUGAACGGAUUCCCCUAUCCGGUCACAGUGUCUCUCUUUCACAUAUUUUCUAUUGUUUUAUUCCUUCCGCCUUUAUUACGUGCUUGGGGAGUACCCAAAACUGAACUGUCUGGGAGAUACUACCGAUGGUAUAUUCUCCCUUUAGCUUUUGGAAAAUACUUCGCGUCUGUGUCGGCUCACUUCAGUAUAUGGAAGGUACCGGUUUCAUACGCUCACACAGUGAAGGCCACGAUGCCGAUUUGGGUGGUGCUGCUGUCGCGCAUCAUCAUGAAGGAGAAGCAGACGACCAAGGUGUAUGUGUCUCUGAUCCCCAUCAUUGGGGGAGUUCUCCUCGCCACGGUAACGGAGUUGUCGUUUGACUUGUCGGGUCUGAUCAGUGCCCUCAUGGCAACGCUCUGCUUCUCCUUGCAGAACAUCUUCUCCAAGAAGGUGUUGCGGGACACGCGGAUGCAUCACCUUCGCCUCCUCAGCGUGCUCGGCUUCAACGCCGUCAUCUUCAUGCUCCCCACCUGGGUGCUGGUGGACCUGUCCUCCUUCCUGCUGCAGGAGGACCUGAGUGACGUGUCCGGCUGGUCUGGGACCUUCCUGCUGCUGCUGGUCAGCGGGUUCUGUAACUUCGCGCAGAACGUGAUUGCGUUCAGCGUCCUGAGCCUGGUGAGCCCGCUCAGCUACGCCGUGGCCAACGCCACCAAGAGGAUCAUGGUCAUCAGCAUCUCCCUGCUGAUGCUGCGCAACCCCGUCAACUCCAGCAACCUCCUGGGCAUGCUCACCGCCAUCGUGGGCGUGUUCCUGUACAACAAGGCGAAAUACGAUUCCAGCAGGGAGGCCAGAAAGAGGCCGCUGCCCUUCUCCCAGCAGGAUGUGGUGACCUUUGACCCUGCAGCCCUGGGUUUGGAGAAAGUGGCGCCCCACAACGGGGCGGGCCCCUUCCCCCUGGGCCCCGGCCUGGAGCGGGCCGGCCUGGAGCGGACCAACCACCUCCAGUACGGCCGCGGGCCCUUCCUGAGCACGCACACAAACGCUCAGUAUGACGUGUAGGAGCUGUGUGUGUGUGUGUGUGUGUGUGUGUGUGCACGCAAACGCUCGGUACGAUGUGUAGGAGCUAUGUGUGUGAGUGUGUGUGUUUACGCUCAGUACGACGUGUAGGAGCUGUGUGUGUGUGUGUGUGUGUGUGUAGGGGAGAACUGUUGGCCAUUCAGGCUGCCAGUGAGUGUGUGUGUGUGUGUGUGCGUGCACGCAUGCACGCACGCAAACGCUUGGUACGAUGUGUAGGACCUGCAUCAGUGCGUGUGUGUCUGUGUCACGCGAAGUAGGAAGUGUAGAACCUGUGUGUAUGUGGUGUAUAGGGUAGAACCGUAGGCCGUUUAGGCUGCCUGUGAGUGUGUGUGCGGGAACAGGAAAAAGGCACAAAGUAAAGAAGCAGCCCGAUAUUAUAGUACCCCCCUACCCCCCCCGGCUCUCUCUGUGCCAUUUUAAAAGCGGACUUUCUGCCUGAAACUCACCCUGAGCCCAUCGUAUGAAGCCUCUCACACACAAACGUGUGCGAGACAUUGAACCAUUCCACGGCUCAUUUUUGCAUUUUCAUUUUUUAAAAUCAGCACACUUUUUUUUUUUUUUUUUGUUUUGUUAUGUUUUUGUACAUGCACGAGGGCGGCUACACGUCUGACUGCUUCCCCGUGUUUGAGCCCUGAACGCGGCUCGGGCGCCCUGCAGGCACGAGGUUCACGGGGUUCACGGGGUUCACGAGGCUCACGAGGUUCACGAGUUCGGGACGGCGUUCUGUGAAGAGAGGAUGCGUGCGCCCGAACUCGCCGGCUGGGGACCCGAGCGUUCAGCACGUCUGCCGUUCCCUCUUCCUUCCACUGGAUUCGUUUGUUUGUUCCCCCCGUUUUGGGGGGGGGGGGGGGACUGGAUCAUUCACAUGGAAACUGCAUUGUGUUUUUUUUUUUUUGUUUUUUUUUUUUUGGCGUUUUGUUCAGUCACUUUCAAGGGAUUUCUCUGUGUUUAAAAUGUCUGUGUUACAAUUUUUUUUUUUUUAAUUCUGCAAUGGCAGCUGGGUAGUUUGUGAAAGAGAGAGACUGGAAGCAUGCCGUCUUUGGACUGAUCUUGGACCGGAUUGGUCAACCGUGACCUCGCCGUCAGUGUCCAGGGAAAGGUCAUUUUGUACGUGAUUUGUGUGCCAUUUAGGUCAAAGAGAUUUGUUUACCUCUGUUUUCUUUGUUUUGUUUUUUUUUUAAACGUAAUGCAUUGUAUAGUUUUUGGGUUUAUUUGUUUUGAGGGGGUACAAAACACCAUAAAUGGUACGUCUGCUACCUUCUUUUACAGUGCUACCUUCUUUGAUAAAACUGGACCAAACAAUUCAAAUGGAUAACGCUUAAUGUUUUUAGCAGUAUUUAUGUAAUGUGUUUUUAGCCAUUAGUCUCUUGGAAGUGGUAAAGUAACCGGUAGGGUUCAUUGGUUCAGCGUAGCUAUUGUUAUUGGAUGGAUUUGUUCCACGGUUGUUGUCCUGAUCAAGCCAGGUGAGCGUGCGGUCAGUCUGGGGGAGACCUGGUGCCACAUGGAGACAGGCUGUGUGCGGUUGGGUGGAUCUGUACUGUUAGUGAGUUGGGCUGUUUCUGGGCUUUUGGGUCCUCUUGGGGAGGGGGGGGGGGCAGCAUGUGUGCAUGAGUGACUGCCCCCAGAGCUGACAUCAUCGGCCCCCGCAGCCUGAAUGAGAGUGUGAUUGCUUCCCUUGGCUGGUGACCCCUGACCUUUAGGGAGGCGAAGGUGACCAAUAACUCUUGUUGAGCCUUGCGAGGUCACUGGCUUGUAACCAGGCAACCAGACAAGAGGCUUGCCAUAUGAGUCCAUCUCACAUAGCCAUUGCGCUUAAAUUCAUACAGUUGAGACUUUAAAUUAUCAUAUUUCUACAGGUUAAAGUAGUUGAACCCCCCCCCAGCUGAGGUUGUCUAGAAUUAAAUAAGUAAUUAGUAAUAAGGACAAUGGGUAUAAUAACGGUAAACUUUAUGAACUACAGUCUGGGUUUAAAAGGCUAAUCCGGCAAGGACUUGAAGCGGUUCCUACUGAAGCGGUUGGGCGUUUGUAAAGGUUUUAACUAAUCUUCCUGCUGUGUCUGGGUCCCGUGUGGCUACGGUGUACAUAUGUAAAGUUUUACUUGAGUACAAGUGCUGUAGAGAGCCGCGAAACUGUAUUAGAAUGUCUUCAGCGGGUACUUUUGUUGUUGGUGGGUGUAAUUUUUGCAGUGGGUGCAUUCUAACAUCAUAGAGUAUGAUUUCAGUUCAGCCAAUUGGGGAAUUGAAUAGAAAUCAGAUUCCAAAUCCUCAAUUUACUACUGAGAGUACGUUACAAUUUGUGAACCGAAGUUCUUUUUUAAAAAUUAUUUUAUUUUUACAAAGCUAAGCAUACACAGUGCUGCAGUGUGCUGAAUCCACCCUCUCUGUCUCUCCUGCUUAAAUGUACACGCUCAGGAUCAAGGCGUAGUAAUGUGGCUAAAUGCUGUAAUAUUAUACUUGUAUUGCACUCGACGUGCUUCUUGCACAUAAACUAAGAGGUUUGGGAGAGCCUUGAGGUUAAAUGGUCUGCUGACGCAUCUCCCCUCACCCUGAACACACAGUUCUUUCCUCGAUAUGUAAAUGAUAUUUUUGGGGGACGGGGCGGGGCGGGGGGGAGGAGAUUACAGCUCUUGAUUUUGGCAAUGCGUGUGAAUGUGCGCGAGCUGUUCGAAGGAAGGGAAAGCGGAACGUAGACGAGCUGUGGUUAAAACACAGAGAGGUCAGAGAGUGCACAGAGUACAGAGUACGGUGACUGUAACACACGAUUGCACAUCGCUGUGUAACUUGGGAGACACUAAGCCAGCUGUUUUGGCAUGUUAACAUCGUUGCGGUGUUGGAGUUGUGCACCUCAUAGUGGGAAAAUCUACAGGGAAGCUGCCCUUUUACUGCUUGUGUCAUAAAUGCAUCACUCUGUAAUUUUUUUUCCCCCCAAAGUUGUUGGUCAAUGGAAUCCCUAAAUGUUUCUAGGGGUGUACCUGUGUAGAUUAUGGAUUCAAUACUAAAACCUGUUGCUAUGGUAAUGCUUCAUCAGGCAACCUCUUUAAAAAAAAAAAAAAAAACAUUUCUGUUCAUCUCAUUGGACACUAAUUACAAUACAAAUUAACUCAUAAAUUAAUCUUAUUUGCAGAAAUUUAUUUGCAUCAUGGAAAUUAGCUUUUUCUCUGAAAUUUGUUGAACUGCAGACACAUACAGAGUUUUGUGUAAGCUGGAUUUGUGUAGCUAAUUUUGUCCUACUGAUGUAAUUAUGAUAAAAUAUUUACAAACUGUAAAUAUUAAGUUAAAUUCAGCCUGGUAGGAAAAGCGUACUCAAACCACAUGCCAUAUUGCAGUACAUUUCUCAUUUCAGUUUUCUUUUUUGAUGACUUCAUGUUUUAUUAAUGUUUUCAAUAACGUUUAUUAAAAUGUAAUUUAUUAAAUCUGCUACUUUGUUGUUUGCCAGCAUUUGGGGAUGUGGAGACCUUUGUGACUCCUGUACAAUGGAAAUAAAAAAUAAACAAAUGAGGCCACCUAA